UUAUGGUAGGCAGCAGGGACUGACCUAAGUAUUUUAUGAUAUUUUGUGAUAGACAGCGGAGACUGAUCUAAUAAAGUAAAGUAGACGGCGAUAGGCUGAUCUAGGAAAUUGAUGCACGCGCGUAGCAUUUUUGAAUUAUAUAUGAGAAUAAUUGAUUAAAGUGAAAUAUUGAAUUUUGAAUUGAAAUAUAAUUAUUGAGAGAAUUUAAGUGAUAUAUAUUGGAAAAAAAGAGAUUUUGAAUUAAAAGGCAGUAGAUGACCUUAUUAAAGUAAUUGACGUCAAAUUUUGAAAAGUUUUGAAAGAAAAAAAAAAGAGAGAGAUUAAUUAUAGGGGCCCUAGGAUAAGAAAUAGUAUAACGUUACUAAGAAUAAGUUAAUAGAAUAAUUAUUAGAAAUCAAAAAAAAAAUUGUUAGUGUUUAGAAGAUUAAAUGGUAAAGCGCGUAAAUUAGGAAAUUAAAUCAUUUAAGAAAAAUUAGUAAUAAUACUUUUAUAGUCUAUAGUCUAUAAAAAUAGGGGAUAGGAAGUCGAAUAUUAUUAGAGGGAUUUACGGAGUAAUUAACCGGGAAAUUUUCGUUAUAAUAUUCGAGCGUAGUACGAGCGCGUACGCAUAAAAAAACAUCGCGGAACAGGGCGAGGAAAACGGGUGAGGGGAUACCGUAUCGAAAUUUAACACGCGUAACAUAGGCGGUCGAACGUUUUACGUGUUAUUAGAUAGGUACUCAUCCAUGUCCAACGUACGACGCGCGUUUACGUAAUUUCUAUUUAAUAUUUGUGCACGAUAUUUAUUUUAUAAGUAAUAAAUUUUUACGUAUUAUUAAUUUUGGUGACGGUAGUUACGUAUUAUUAGUUUAUAAAUCAAUAAUAGUAAACACAUGUAGAGUAAAUACUUUUGGUAAUUACUCACGCGGAUAGGAUAUUAAUAAAUUUAGUAGAUAUAAUUUAUAAGUAUCUAGUAGAUAUAAUUUAUGAAAAAUUAUAUAUAUGUAAUGUUUAGAUAAAUAUAUGUCAGAAUCCGAUAGUUCAGAUAUUGAUACUAGUUCUGCGGACAGUUCAAUAAAAGUUGAAAAUUAUAAAUCUAGGAAAGAAUUAAAAGAAGCAGUUUUAAAAGACGCUGUAAAGAAAGAAUUUUUAGAACAAACUAGGAAACACAUAGUUAAAACCGUUAAGAAAAAGUUAGUAAGAACACAUAGUUUAACAGAACAGAUAGGUACCGCGCCACGAAAACAAACCGUAGGUCGUUUAGGUACUAGGUCAGACUCAAGCGUAAUUCACGUGCAGUUAGAGUCAGUGGUUAAGAAAAAAAUGAGUAAAAUGGAUUUAGAUAAAGCAAUUGCUAUGAUACCUAUUUGCACGGGCAAAAAGGACGUAGCCGAAUUUAUAAAUAUUUGUGAAAUCGCAAUUAAAGAAACAACGGAAGCAGAUACGCCGAUAUUAUUAAAAAUAAUUACUUCUAAGUUAACGGGAAAUGCGUUAGAAGUAACAAAAUAUCGAAAUUUAGAAACAUGGGGAGCAAUAAAAACAAUAUUAGAAGGGGCAUUCGAACAAAAAGUAUCGGAGAGGGCCCUAUCAAUAGCUUUAAACACGGCACGUAUGGCCGAGGGAGAAAGUGUGGCAAAAUUCGCUAGUAGAAUCGAAGAGUUAUAUUAUAAACUCUGCGCGGCAAGUACGAUAGGUCUAGCUCAGGCCGAGGCAGAUAUAGUGAAAAAACAAACUAAGAAACAGGCAAUGAUCAUAUUUAUGACAGGGUUACCUCAUCACCUAUAUACAGUAUUGAAAAGUCGAAAUCCCAGUACAUUGGAACAAUGUUUCAAAACGGCGAUCGAUGAGAUGCUCGAAUAUGAGUCAAAAGUAGAAAUGGAUAAGUUGCAGAGACAAAUCGGUAAUGGAAAACAGGCGGACGUCAAUAACGAGGAAAAACGACAAAAUGGUGGUAAUACAAAUAACGCAGUUAAUCGCGGAGGAAACGGUAAUUCAAAUCAAAGCAAUAGAAAUAACAAUUUCAACGGGUAUAACAACCGAUAUGUUAAUCACAACAACCGCAAUAACUAUGGGAAUAAUAAUCAGAGCGGAUAUGGCUCACACAUGGUUAAUCGCGGCGGUCAACGAGGCGGAAACGGCUAUGGACGGAAUUUCAAUGGCAAUAAUGUACAACAAAAUAAUAUUAACCGAAGCACCGGAUGCUAUACUUGUGGUAGAUCUAAUCACAUAGCACGAGAUUGCUGGAGCAAUCGACCUAAUGCGCAACAAAAUACGUACAACAAUAAUCGUGUAAACGGCACGCGCCAUGCGAACAACAGCAAUAAUGUUCGUAGGGACAGUAACAAUACUCAGGGCGUACUUUGCAGUUACUGCAAUAAGAUAGGUCAUGAAAUUUCAACCUGUUAUACAAAACAGAAAAACGAAAGAAGCACGUCGGGAAACGCCAACGGACCAUCACCAGUGGGAGUCAGAUUGGUCCAAGAAAUAGUUCAAGACCCACACACAGGAUUUUCCACAUCACAGCAAAAUUAA